CUCACACGGGCGUCCUGAACGCCGCCUCUGCCGGCUGGGGUCGGUCCGCACCAUGCUGCGUGUGUGUGUCCUGAGGCUGCUAGGACGCGCGGGGACCGGCAGGGUCUCUCUCCUGGAGGACUCUCGCCCACGCCACUACUGUUCGGACUCUCCCGGUAACCGCGACCUUGCCGGCGAUGGGCGCGCCUACUUCACCACACCCAUUUUCUACGUGAACGCGGCGCCGCACAUCGGGCACCUGUACUCCGCGCUGCUGGCGGAUGCCCUGUGCCGUCACCGUCGUCUCCUGGUUCCCCCGGCCGCCGCCACGCGAUUCUCCCCCGGUACGGAUGAGCAUGGCCUGAAGAUUCAGCAGGCGGCAGCCACUGCGGGCCUGACCCCGACCGAACUGUGUGACCGAGUCUCUGCCCAGUUCCAGCAGCUUUUUCAGAAGGCUGGCAUCUCGUCCACCGACUUCAUCCGUACCACGGAGGCCCGGCACCGUUUGGCUGUGCAGCAUUUCUGGGGUGUGCUGAAGGCUCAGGGUCUGCUCUACAAGGGGCUCUAUGAAGGUUGGUAUUGUGCCUCUGAUGAGUGCUUCCUGCCUGAGACCAAGGUCGCCUGGCAGCCGGGUCCUUCGGGGGAUUCGUGUCCGGUAUCUCUUGAGAGUGGGCAUCCCGUUUCCUGGACUAAAGAAGAAAACUAUAUUUUCAGGCUUUCUGAGUUCCGGAAGCCACUCCAGCGGUGGUUGUGGGGCAACCCUCAGGCUAUCACUCCCGAGCCUUUCCAGCAUGCAGUUCUUCAGUGGCUGGAGGAGGACCUGCCCGAUCUGUCCGUGUCUCGCAGGAGCAGCCACUUGCACUGGGGUAUUCCGGUGCCUGGGGACGAUUCGCAGACCAUCUACGUGUGGCUGGAUGCCCUGGUUAACUACCUCACUGUAAUUGGCUAUCCAAAUUCUGAAUUUAAGUCUUGGUGGCCAGCCACCUCUCAUAUCAUAGGUAAGGACAUUCUCAAAUUCCAUGCCAUCUAUUGGCCUGCCCUCCUCCUAGGGGCCGGCAUGAGCCCGCCACACCGCAUUUAUGUCCACUCCCACUGGACUGUAAGUGGCCAAAAGAUGUCCAAGAGCCUGGGCAACGUGGUGGAUCCCAGAACUUGCCUUGACCGCUAUACUGUGGAUGGUUUCCGUUACUUUCUUCUUCGGCAGGGAGUCCCCAACUGGGACUGUGACUACUACGAUGAAAAAGUGGUUAAGUUGCUGGACUCCGAACUGGCAGAUGCCUUGGGAGGUCUCUUGAACCGAUGCACUGCCAACAAAAUAAAUCCUUCGGGUACCUACCCGGCCUUCUGUACUACCUGCUUCCCCAGUGAGCCAGGGUUGGUGGGGCCAUCAGUUCGUGCUCAGACAGAGGACUAUGCUUUGGUGAGCGCGGUGACCACAUUGCCCAAGCAAGUAGCAGACCACUAUGAUAAUUUUCAGAUCUAUAAGGCUCUGGAGGCAGUGUCUACCUGUGUUCGGCAAACUAAUGGUUUUGUCCAAAGGCAUGCACCAUGGAAGUUGAACUGGGAGAGCCCAGUGGAUGCUCCCUGGUUGGGUACUGUGCUUCAUGUGGCUUUGGAAUGUUUGCGAGUCUUUGGAACUUUGCUCCAGCCUGUCACUCCAAACCUAGCUGAUAAGCUACUGUCUAGGCUUGGGGUUUCUGCCAGAGAAAGGAGUAUUGGAGAGCUACAUUUCUUGCCUAGGUUCUAUGGACAUCCAUGCCCUUUUGAAGGGAGGAGGCUGGGACCUGAAACUGGGCUUUUGUUUCCAAGACUGGAUCAAUCCAAGACUUGGCUGGUGAAAGCCCACCGGACCUAAACACUUUCUAUUGGCUUUUUCUUUUUCUUUUUUUUUUUAAGUGAAUGUGAUAUUUUCUUAUUUUCCAUUUUCAGGGAAGUUAUACUAGUGUUUUGUAACAUAUUGCAUCAAAAUGAGUACCUAAGCUGUGUCACUGUGAGAAGAGGUUUGUAGCCAUUCAAGACUACCUGCUAGUCUUUUCUUUGUCCAUUAACCACUGUCGUUUUUGCACCAUUGUGUCUAAGAUGUUGUGUCAGAGGAAAAGAUAUUGAAGAGACAGUAUUACUGGUAACAGUUUUUCAUUGUACCUCCUUCCAAACCAGUUAUUUGCCCAAAUUACCUCCUAGCUUGUUUUAUAUUGACUUGGCCUCUGUUGCUCUAAUUAGUCCAGCGACUCUUUUUAUUGAGGGUUGGAAGCUCCCUACUUCAGUUUUAGUGUACCCCUGCUUUGUUAUGCAUGCUGGAUUUCCUGUUAAAAAGAGAUUUUUAAAAUUAAACCCUUAAAAGCCAGUGUCCUAGAUCAGAUGAAUUUUUUAAGGGUGGAGAAAUCAGAAAUUGUUUGUGGGACUCCAUCAUAUCUAGGGGUUUUGUUUUCUGUUUUUCUGUUUAUUUCUUUUGAGGGAGAGUAUAUGGGGGGAGAGGAGGGGGUGGAGGGAGAGAGAGAGAGAGAGCGAACGAGCAAGUGAACAGGCACCCCCAGAAAGAGGAAACCCCAUGUUCAUCCUCACUCUUUGAAUUCCCACAAGGGCUCCCUAGUUCAUUAAUAGCCCAGCAGUUGUACUCUGUAGCUUUAUACUUCAACCAGUAGAUGGCUCUAGUCUCACACAUUUAGUCACUGAAGAUCCAGGUUUCAGCAUAUUUAGAAUAAAUUAGUUUUCUAAUUUUGCAGAUCUUUACAUUUUUAUAGCUGUUCUUAAAAAAAGGGAUAAAACUAUGGGGCCAACAGGUAGGUUAGGGUGCUAGAC